GGCAAGCAUCUGCAACAAGCUACAGAUCCAAAUAUUCCACUGAAAUUGAAACUCUCUGGGUCAAAUUUAUCACCCUAUUUGACGAGAGAAGAAAAAGAGAAAAACACUCUCCCACGAAAAUGUACAAUGUCCUGUCCGAAGAAAUAGAUCUCAGUCCAUCCACACUUGCAAAAUUCUAUCAGCAUCAAAAAUCCCCUCAAAGAACUUCACUGGAUAAAAUUGAGAAUUGGGUCGAGAAAGAAGGAAAAAAGAAAAAUACUUACUUUGGUAGUAGUAAUGAAUUCAAUGAUGAUAGCUA